UCGUUCCUAGUUUGGAUAUCCAGUUGAUAAUUGACGAGGCAAGAACGAUGAAUCGAGUAGGAAUGUUAAAAUUGGUGUUAAUUGAAUCUGUAUGUUUUACCUGAAAAAUGAAAUUAUCUGCUAAUGUUUUAAUCUGGAUUUUCGUUCUUUCAAUUGGUCAUUGAAGUAACAUGAAUAGUUUAAUAUUCAACUUCGGGUUUUGGGGGGCAUUCAUAUUUUGAUUCAUAAAUCACAGGGAGGGUUGCCGGGUUUUUAAGUGCGCCAGCGGUGAAUCCAAGUUGCAGAGCAGAUGAUCCUGAUUACAAUUUGGUUCUCUGCAGCAAUCAUCUGAUACAUUCAAGAGCAGACUCUUGACAGCAGGAAGAAAUUAAGUGCUCGUACAACGAUAAUAUGGGGACUUCAGAUAAACUGACCAUUCAGAUGUUAGAAACAGAGCCACAUUUUGCCACAAUACCACGAACAAUUUCACCAAUCCUACCGUCCAGGUCGGCAAUGGACAGAUCACUGGAUUAUGGGUCUCACAGUAGCGAUAGUGGUGUCAGACAGGAUUACAUCAGAACUGUCAAUGGAGAGCAGAUGCAUGCCUCAACUGGUAUCAAGCUACCCGUGAAGCACAUCACCUCGUUGGGGACACAACGGGGGACUCUCCUUGUUAGAUACCUCACUCAUCGUCACUCUAAGUGCAUAACAUGCCAGGACUGCGGAAUUUUCUUUUCCCAAGAUGCCUUUCUGGCCCACAGUCAUGACAGGCAUGGCAGGAAGCGCCACCGUCACCAGGCGGACAUCCUGGAACUGGACGUUGAGAAUCCUAGCUCCCAGGAGCUGAGGUCUUGGGAAGAAUUCCUCUCCAAGACAGGCCAAAAGGCCAGAACCACUGAGUCCAGUUUGGCAUCAGCAAGCUUGGAUCUUGGCAUCAGGAAGGGAGAUUACAACCUAGAACCAUCAACUGGAAGCCAGAUAUCAGCUGAGAAGCCAACACACCGUCAGACUGACGAACAUGUGAAUAAAGGUCAUACCCUUUUAUCAGACUUUGACAAGACUGUCCAAGACACAGUGAAUGCAUCAGAGCGGCUACUGAAGGAAACCUCACAGUACCUUCACUCGUCAGCAGAGAAACUCAGGCACAGGAGACAAAGGUCGUUGAAAAAUUACCAAUUUCAUCCAGCCUCUCUCCCAGAUGACCUUCCAAGUAACCCAGUAUCCUCCACGGAGCAUGUUCAGCCCAUAAUCAAAGAUGCUUCCACCUCCAGCCAAAACCCCAAGAGGCCACAUCGGAAGUUUCUCGAGAAGUACUUUGAGAAGAGCCGCGACAGUUUCCAGCUCCUUACAGACUCAAUGGCAUCUAGAUCAACUUCAAAACCAGAUUCUCUGGGACUCGAGGCCAGAACUAGCACAGGGGGUCCACAGCAGGAAUCCUCGAUGUUGGGUAGUGGAGAAAUCAAAAGGGACGUGGCUGAAGAUGGCGGUAAAGGAGGAGGUGAUGCAGACAGACAGGCUGUGGAUCACAUUUCUGCCAGGCCUACCAGUCCUGGAAAGACCCCACUUGGAAAGAGCAUCAUUCUACAGGAGCACUUUGAUAGAAAUGAUCCCUUAUUUAUUGUCCAGACAGCUCAGGAAUUGCUGACACUAGCUGCGCACAAGAUGCAGGAGAGACAACAGAAGAGCCCAGGUGGAAUAGACUGGCAGAAGAGGUAUGAAUUUGAGAAGGAACGGAAUCGAGAGAAAGACAAGAGGAUUAGAGAACUUGAAGGUCUCUUGGAGGCGGAGCAAAGGAAACGACAAGAUGCCGAGGUGCAGCUCCGAGCGAUACGUCUGCAGAAUCUGUAAGCCUUCAGUACACCGCGUCUGAUGAUUGUCUUUGUGUCUGGAGUCAUCGUUGUUGAAGUGCUUCCAGUGAUCUGCUGGAACUAAUUGGACAUGUGGAAUGGUAAUUCCCCAAAUUGCCGAGGAAAUUUCACAACAAAUGUGCAGUUUGUUUGUUUGUUUUUGGGAAUCAGCUCCUGUUUCACUGUGGUAACGUUUUCGUCAUCACUGAUUACCCCAUCCCCUGAUCAACCGAUGCUCCCCCUUGACAUGGUCCCGAGGUUUUAACCAACUUCCGAAUGAAACAAGUUUAAGUCCUUACUCCUUGAUUAUUGAUUUCCAUGAGGAGCUGUGAUUGCUUAUUUGCACACUGUUGGCACCACCUCAGGGAAAAAGUAACAGGGAAAAUAAAAUCAGUGGAUUUUGUCAGGUUUUUAAGGCUUAUUAAUGAUGCAAUUCUUCCACCUCCAACUAUCAAUAUAAAAAUUAUGUACUUCUGUUUUUUAUAGCAUGUCCACAUUCUGUGAUGAGAAAACUUUAUACAAAACCUUUUGAAAUGUGAGUCCUAUAAGAUUUUUGAGAAGGUUUUACACUAAACAACUUGCCUGCGGCCCUGUCCCUUGUUUCAGCAUACAAACAAGGUUAAAUUUGUUUACUGUCUUUACAACAAACAAUUCAGGUGAACUCAACUGGUGUCCAUGAAUUGCCCAUUGUCUUAUUCACUUUUUGAGAUCGAGAGGUAACACAACAAUAUUACUUGUUUUUCAACCAAACAAGGCUGUAUUUAGGGUGAAAAACAUGCAAAUUAGCAAUUCAUAAAAAUAGUCAUCAAUGCUCUCCAUCUGUUCUCUACACAAAAGCGAUCAAUGCAUAAUAAUCUUAGUCACCAAUUUUGGGGACCGAUGCUAGAUGUUUUGAAGUUAUUCAGUACUGCUAGAUUUUAACAGAGGGGCUUCAAAUGUCCUCUGUUUUAGUGUUUUCCAGGGCGGGGUUAGCAGCAGGUCAACAUUUUCAAAUACACGUACAUGGAGGUUUUCCCCAAAUUUUAUAAACAAGUUUCUUUCAGGAAUAUGUGGAUAAUCAAACAUUUUCAGUCUCUCUGAAGAGUCUUGGGAGCCCCCCCCCAAAAAAAUGGGCAUUUUAUUUUUUUCUUAUUUGGUUUAUAGCGAUACUUGUUGGUGAGAACCUUUUUUGCCAUGGGGCUACCACUUCCUACCUGGUUUUUGCUUUAUGAGGAAGUUACGUCUGCAACAUUUACAGCUGAGUGUCUUAGUUUAAAACCUUUUUGAGGUUUGGAAUUCUUUACAUCCAAGCUAAAACAGCCAACCUCAAAAUGCUUCAGGUAUGUCAAUUUUUAGUAUUCAAGGCUAUCAUCUAAUUAGCACUAAGCUGAGGGGAUUGCAAGGACAUCAUCAAUCAUCACCAAGAACAUCAUUACUAUCACCUGUAGGCACCAGUUCGAACAAACAGUCUGUGAAUAUUUUGUUAGUUGCUUAGCACUGACUACCCUGGUGGGCUCCACCACACCCACUGUUACCCUGUCUUGGCCAACCACAGAAUUGUUGUGAUACAAUAUUCGUGACCCCAGUAUUCUCACAGGGUCCUGCUGUUUUGUGAUUUCCCACGGUGGGGGGGCCAGCAGGGAGCCAUUGUUUCAGUGGAUCUAACAAUGGUGUGGCCACCAGAGGGCGCCGCACAAAAGCUUAGUCACUGGUGACGUUUCUUUUGUGUUUGUUCAAUCGAUCACAGCUGUCUGAUUGAACCACUGAUUCUGCACAGCUCUGUGCCCAUUUAUCCUCAACAUAAGUAACACCCCUGCAGUGCUUAUUGGAAUUGCCCAAUCCCACAAAUAUUUUGCACCCCUUAAAUGUGUAUUGGAAUCACCCUACCUUAUUAAGAUAUAGUUGUGGGCUUGAUGCUCUUAGCAUGGAGCAUAGUCUCUGCUCAAGUCCACACUAGGAAGUGCACUAGAAAUCAUGUCUGGUGAGACUGACUCACAGGAAGAAUAAAUAAUGAGUUUUCCACCCUC